AUGUCUGACUUAGAUGAGGAUUUGUUAGCUUUGGCAGGUGCCGACGAAUCUGAAGAAGAAGAUCAAGUUCUGACCACUACAUCCGCCAAAAGGGCUAAAAACAAUGACCAAUCUCUUUCUAAAAAGAGGAGGAUUGAAGUCGGCAGUGCAGAGGAUGACGAGGAAGAGGACGAUUAUAAUCCUUUCUCUGUAGGUAAUGCAGGCUACGGAUCCGAGGAAGAAGAAGAAAAUCCGUUUCCCUUAGAAGGAAAGUACAAGGAUGAAAGUGACAGGGAACACUUGGAGUCCUUACCUGAAAUGGAACGUGAGACCCUAUUAUUUGAGAGAUCUCAGAUUAUGCAGAAGUACCAGGAGAGGAAACUUUUUAGAGCACGUGGGAGAGAUAUGAAAGAACAACAACAAAGAGCCAAGAACGACGAAGAUUCCAGAAAGACCAGGGCCUCUACUAGAUCAACCCAUGCUACCGGGCAUUCUGAUAUCAAGGCUUCAAAACUUUCGCAACUAAAGAAACAGAGAGCGAGGAAAAAUCGUCACUACAGCGACAACGAGGACGAAGACGAUGAAGAAGAAUACAGGGAAGAUGACUACAAGGACGAUGAAGGGAGCGAAUACGGAGAUGAUGAAGAAUACAAUCCAUUUGAUAGAGGGGAUAUAUACGAUAAGAGGGAGGAAGUAGAGUGGGCUGAAGAGGAAGAUGAGCUGGACAGAGAGCCUGAUAUUUCUGAUUUCAACAAACUAAGGAUUGGUCGUUCAUUUGUAGCAAAGUUUUGUUUUUAUCCUGGGUUUGAGGAUGUGGUCAAAGGUUGUUAUGGUAGAGUCAACGUUGGCACAGAUAAACGUACCGGCAAAACUUCUUACCGUAUGGUGAGAAUUGAGAGAGUUUUCUUGCAAAAACCUUACAAUAUGGGUAAGUUUUAUACUAACCAGUAUUUUGGUGUUACUCAAGGUAAAGAUAGGAAGGUUUUCCAAAUGAAUUAUUUUAGUGAUGGUUUGUUUGCCGAUGACGAAUACCAAAGAUAUCUCAGGGCAUUGGAUAAUUCACAAAUGAUUAAACCUUCUUUGCAUUCUUUGAGUAACAAAACGAAAGAAGUUGUGGAUUUUGUCAAUACGCCAUUGACUGAUAAAACUACGGAUGAGGUUGUUCGUCAUAGGAUGCAAUUUAAUAAAAAACUAUCAGGUACGAACGCAGUGUUAGAGAAAACUGUAUUGAGAGGAAAAUUACAGUACGCUAAGGAGACUAAUAAUGAAAAAGACAUCGCAAAAUACUCCGCUCAGUUAAGGAACUUUGAGAAACGAAUGUCUGUAUACGAGAAGCAUCAUGAGAAUGACCAAUCUGAUAUUAAAAAAUUAGGGGAAUUGACCUCUAAGAAUAGAAAAUUGAAUAUGAGUAACAUCAGGAAUGCAGAGCAUGUGAAGAAAGAAGAUAGCAAUAACUUCGAUUCAAAGAGUGAUCCUUUCAGCAGGCUAAAAACCAGGACGAAAGUUUAUUAUCAGGAGAUUCAAAAAGAGGAAAACGCAAAAGCUAAAGAAAUUGCACAACAAGAGAAACUACAAGAAGAUAAAGAUGCUAAAGAUAAGCGUGAGAGAGAGCUACUUGUGGCGCAAUUCAGACGCCUUGGUGGGUUAGAGCGCAUGAUUAGUGAAUUGGACAUCAAAUUUGACUUUAAAUUUUAG